UUUGUUGGUAAGCAAACACUUGCGUUGGCCAGCGGGCACGAUGCGGGAAUCGUUCUUAUUAUAAGUGCAUUAUAUCAUUCUCAGGAUUCCCACUUUUGCUUUAGUGAUGGAAAAGAAGGGCUAAAUAGCAGUGAAUUGAAAUUACUUCAAGGUAUCGUAAUUUGUGCAAUACCCUCGUGUCGUUUUGUUUUCGUAUCAGCUAGAGGAGGAUGGUAUAUAAUGAUUUAUCUAAUCGGUGAUUGAGCAUCAGCGUACAGCUGCUCUUUCGUUGACGGAGGCAAAACGUAACUUCGCUUUCAUAAUGAUAAAAAUCGCUUCGACUCGCUUUUUCUCCGCGAGCAGCACCCUCUGUGGGUCGUCAACGAAGGCAGCCAAAGUGCUCAACAAGCUAAUGAAUGGCAGCUCGACAAAGAAGAAACGAUACUACGACGAAACGAAUGACCGUGGUCCGAAGCUAAUGCCGACCAAAUCUCUUGCCAGCAGCAAUCGCCAGGGCAAGGAAUCGAACCGCCGCAUAGCGGUACUGAACAAGCUGUUCAUGAAGAAUAUCACCGACCUCAUGGCUACCGGAUCGUUCGCCAGCGAUCUGUACGGAUACGGUAUACAGAUCUCGCGUGUACGAGUGGCUCCUGAUUUUCGUGAAGCGAGUAUCUACUGGUUCUCAACCAACCUGAACAAGGACGUAAAAAUCGAUGGCAUCCUGAGGCCGCUCUCUUCUCGCUUGCGCCACGAACUUUCGCAGCUACGGCUGAUGGGUGAGGUGCCGCAGCUAACGUUCGUUCAGGACAAGCGAUACUAUGUGGAGAGCUUGUUGAACAGUUUGCUGAAGCAGGCAGAUUACGGGGAGGACGGAGUGGCGGACGAACAAGAGCAGCUGGAUCUGCAGCAGGGAUGUGAAGAGCAACGUUUGCGCGAACCCGACAUGAAACACGACAUACUCGGUCUGGAUCAUGCUCAGAUCAUGAAUCGAAUCCGCCAGUCCGUCGAUAAAACCAACAAAGCGUGGAAAGUGCAUCAAGAAAGCACAGAAGAAGCGCGAUGAAGCUGCGGCUGCUACUGCCCCUGCUCCACUUGAGACGACAAGUUUGCAAUCCAACGAAAAGGGCAAAUGAUUUCUUUCGCUUUGUAAUAUCCACCCGAUGAUGGGAUGAUAGUGACAUUUAGGCCAAAAUGUUUGAAUAAAAGUUUGUUAUGGGUAGUUUA